UUCAGCAUCUACUGCUCCAAAGAGUUCAACUUCAAUCAAGUUCAGCCAAGUUCAGUGAAGCAAUCAUGAAGCCAGGAAGCUUUCUGCUGCUCACUCUGCUGCUCUUCUUCUUGUACUCCAAUAUUAUGGCCCAAACUGUUGAUUUAGAGUGUUAUUGUCAGGGAUAUCCAACUUCCAUCUGCACCCUGGAAUUCGAACCCGUCUGUGGCUCUGAUGGCAAGACUUAUGGAAGCAAGUGUCUUUUCUGCAAUGCUUAUAUUCGCAGUGGAAGAAGACUUCGGCUGGUACGCAUUGGAAUAUGUUGAAAUCUUAAAAUGCAGAAGACUAAGGAAGAUUUAUUAAGGAUAUCUCAACAUCUUCAUGUCUUGAUCAUUACCAUCCUCAGAAAACGUAAUGUUCUUCGUCUGCUUCUGCCCUUUUGCUCUGUUUAAUGUCUUUGGUGGAUUAAUCAAUAAACAAAGCAAAGCAUUAUCUCUCCAA